UCGGUGAUCGCCGGGCGGGACGUGGCGCCGCUGUCGCCCGGCGUGGUGCGGGCGCUGAACGCCACGCGCUACGAGCAGAGGAAGGUGGCGGCCCUCGAGGUGGAGAAGCUGGUGCGAGAGUUUGUGGCCCAGAACAACACGUCUCAAAUCAAACACGUGAUCCAGAUCCUGUCGCAGGAGUUCGCGCUCUCCCAGCACCCCCACAGCCGGAAAGGGGGACUCAUUGGCCUGGCCGCUUGCUCCGUUGCCUUAGGCAAGGACUCUGGGCUCUACCUGAAGGAGCUGAUUGAGCCGGUGCUGACGUUUUUCAACGACGCCGAUAGUCGGCUGCAAUACUACGCUUGCGAGGCCUUCUAUAACAUUGUCAAGGUGGCCAGGGGCUCUGUCCUCCUGCACUUCAACGUGCUCUUCGAUGGCCUCAGCAAGCUGGCUGCUGAUCCUGACCCGAAGGUCAAAAGCAGCUCUGAGCUCCUCGAUCGGCUUCUCAAGGACAUCGUGACAGAGAGCAACCAGUUUGACUUGGUAGGCUUCAUCCCGCUGCUGCGCGAGAGGAUUUACUCCAACAACCAGUAUGCCCGCCGGUUCAUCAUAUCCUGGAUCCUGGUCUUAGAGUCUGUGCCCGACAUCAACCUCUUGGAUUACCUGCCAGAAAUCCUGGACGGGCUCUUCCAGAUCCUGGGAGACAACAGCAAGGAGAUCCGGAAAAUCUCCGAGAGGAUCCAGGUGACCCUGAACCUGGAUGGAAUAGUUCAGGUGCUGGACUGCCACCUUCAUGACACGUCCAUUGGGAUGAUGACCAGAAUUGCAGUCCUGAAAUGGCUCUACCACUUGUACAUAAAGACUCCUCGUCAGAUGUUCCGACACACCGACAGCCUCUUCCCCAUCUUGCUGCGGACCCUCUCAGAUGAGUCAGAUGAGGUUAUCCUGAAGGACCUGGAAGUGCUGGCUGAGAUUGCUUCUUCCCCAGCGGGACAGACGGAGGGUCACGGUCCCUCCGAUGGCUCCGAUGCGCGACCCGGCCCGGUGGGGCUUCACGUCCCGGCCAGGGCUGGCCAGCUGAGCUCCUCCGGAUGGCGCCAGAAGUUGCUGCGGUAGGAAGAAAAGGUGGCUAUAAGCACCUCUGUGAUCUGUGGGCAGCUGGAAUAACUGCUACAGAGCUCGCUGAGCUUCAGCCUCCAAUGUUUGACCUACAUCCCGUGAGGU